AUGGCGUCUGGAGCAGCCGGAGACGGAGUAUUCGGAAACGUAUUUGGAGGAUCCAUUUCCAGCGACGACAUCGGCAUCCAACGCCGUCCGUACCACCGCAACUGCAGUUGCGCUCUUCAUAAAUCCGGCGAACACCAUUGCUCUCACGCUUCUUCUCUGCCCAAAGUCUCGUAUCCGAUUAGACGAUCGUGGAGUGAAGGUUCGCUGGUGGCGAUGACGUCAGCCGCCGCGGGUUCUACCGGUUCUUCCCCUUGUUGUCCUUCGUCACCGGCGAAGACGGCGACGGUUACGGUUACGGCGAGAUUGCCGCCGCGUGGUGCGAAUUGUCGAUCGAAUUGUUAG